AUGACCUGUAUGAACAGCACAUCGGAGAAGGGUGAGGAAUGGUCCCACCAGCUGGUGAUGCUUGUCUUCACUUUACCCACCCUUUGCUGUGGCUUGGUGUUGAACGGAGUGGCACUCGGCACAAUCUGCUGUAAAAUAAAGCAGCAGACCAAAUCCGUCAUCUACAUGACCAACCUCAUCCUCUCCGACUUCCUCCUGCUCCUCUCACUGCCUUUCAAAAUCUACGCUUUCCAUGUGGGCGACCAGUGGCCCCUGAAGAGAUGGUUCUGUCAGCUUCUGGAGUCCCUGUGCUUCGUGAAUACCUACGUCAGCGUCCUGCUGAUCACCAUGAUCUGUGUGGACCGCUAUGUGGCCAUAAAGCAUCCUUUUCUGAGCAGAGCCACCUCGUCCUGGAAGAAGACAGCGCUGAUCUGCUCCGCUGUCUGGAUUGUAGUGGGCUCGGCGAGUCUCCACUUUUACUUCAGCAGCCAUUCCCAAUCCUGCUUUUACCGGCUUUCCCCGGAGGUUUCCAGGAUGGAGUUCAUCGUCACACUAGAGAUCCUGUUCCUGAUAUGCAUGUUUUUGAUGAUGUUUUGCUCCCUGCGGAUCAUCUCCAACCUGAAGGUUCGAGCAAGCGAGACCCAUGACAAGUGGGGGGGCAAGUCCGGUAAAAUCAUCCUGUCCAAUUUGCUCACCUUCCUCCUUUGUUUCACGCCCUAUCACACGGGCUUGUUGCUGUAUUCCUUGGCAGUCAAUGAAUUCUUCCCAGUUCAUUUCGAAUCAUGUGAAUAUCUGCGUGAGGCUGUGCAUUAUUGUAUCUACUUGGCCAAUGUCAACUGUUGCCUGGACGCUGUCUACUACUUCUAUGGCAUCAAGGAAUUGUAUCAGUCAAGAUCUCAAGAGAUGCCAAACUCCAGCACUCAAUUGGGCACAUGCGAGACAACUGCGGAUUUGUCCUUAGGUCCUCCGCUCAACACCCAGUCAGAUGUUUUUGAACCAAGUUGUUCAGGGAUAUUAUUACACACUUCUGGAUCAAAUCAGACUUGA